AUGGACACCGUCACCGCCUACGGCGCCGCCGGCGUUGUGGCCUUUUUCCUCUUGAGCAUCCCACUCCUCCGCCUACGUCGCACACGCCUCCGCCUACGGCUGCCGCCAAGCCCUGCUGCCAUCCCCUUCUUGGGCCACCUCCACCUCAUUGAGAAGCCGCUCCACGCCACUCUUGCCCGCCUCGCCGGCCGCUACGGUCCGGUCUUCUCCCUUCGCCUUGGCUCACGCCAUGUCGUGGCCGUGUGCUCGGCAGCGUGCGCCAAGCAGUGCUUCACGGAACAUGACGUUACCUUCGCCAGCCGCCCACAGUUCCCCUCAUUGAUGGUUGUGUCCUUCAGCUGCACCGACCUCCCGACGUGCCCCUACGGCGCGUACUGGCGACAUCUCCGCCGCGUCGCCACCGUGGAGCUCCUCUCCGCGCACCGGGUGGGAUGCAUCUCCGGAGAUAUCGCCAAGGAGGUGCACGCGAUGGUGUCGCGACUGGCACGCGCCGGCGCCGGCGCCGGCGCCGCACUAGUGAAACUGAAGAGGAGUAUUUUCGAGGUCUCGGUCAGCGCCUUGAUGGAGACCAUCGCACAGACGAGGACGUCCCGCGCGGAGGCGGAUGUGGACAUGGACAUGUCGCCGGAGGCCCAAGAGCUCAAGGAGUGGAUGGACGAGAUCAUUCCGUUGAUGGGCGCAGCCAACACGUGGGACUUCCUGCCGCCGGUGCUAUGGUGGUUGGACGUGUUUGGUGUGAGGAGGAAGCUCCUAGCAGCGGUGGGCAGGAGGGACGCCUUCAUCCAGAGGCUCAUCGACAUGGAGCGGCUCAGGAGGAUGGACAGCAUGAGCGAGAGCACAAACAAGAGCAUGAUCGCCCGGCUGCUCUCCUUGCAGAAAACGGAGCCGGAGACCUACACCGAUAACAUGAUCUUGGCUCUAUGCGCGAGCAUGUUCAGUGCGGGCACAGAGACGACGGCCACGACGCUGGAAUGGGCGAUGUCGCUGCUGCUCAACCACCCGGACACUCUGGUCAAGGCGCAGGCCGAGAUGGACGCGUGCGUCGGAACCACCCGCCUCCUCCACGCCGACGACCUGCCCCGGCUCCGCUACCUCCACUGCAUCAUCAGCGAGACACUCCGGCUGUACCCGGGCGUUCCGACGCUGAUCCCGCACGAGUCGACCGCGGACUGCACGGUCGGGGGAUACGACGUCCCCAGGGGCACGAUGCUACUCGUCAACGUGUACGCCAUCCACAGGGAGCCGGCGACGUGGGAGGACCCGGCCAUGUUCAGGCCGGAGAGGUUCGAGGGGAGGAGAGCCCAGGGGCUGUUCAUGAUGCCGUUCGGGAUGGGGAGGCGCAAGUGUCCCGGGGAGGCCCUCGCGCUGCACGUCCUGGGGCUGGUUCUCGGCACGCUGCUGCAGUGCUUCCAUUGGGACAGGGUCGGCGACGCCCCGGUGGACAUGGGUGAAGGGGACGGGAUGACACUUCCCAAGGCGGUGCCCCUGGAGGCGCUGUGCACACCACGGGCAGCCAUGCUCGAUGUCAUUGGGAAGCUCUGAGCCUACUACGUACGUACUUACUCUUCGACUCCU